UCAACAACAAGAGGAUCCUGUAGAGUUUAUUUCUCCUCUUCUUCUUCUCUUUCCCAUGUCGUUUUGAAAUCUCAUGGCAUGCUUAGACAUGUAUAACUCCGAGCACAAAGGUAUUCACUCAUCAUACGCUGCUCCCAUGAGCCCUAGAAUCUCUUUCUCCAAUGAUUUCGUGGAGUCUCAUCAUGGCCACCAGAUUGUAAAGCAAGAGAGGAAUAGUACUCCGGUAUCCUCCGACUUCGAAUUCUCGGUGUCCAACUACUCCAUGAUGAGCGCCGACGAGCUGUUUUUUAAGGGUAAGCUUUUGCCAUUUAGAGAUACCUGCAAUAACCAAAUGCAGAGGACUUUGAGAGAAGAGCUGCUCGUUGAGGAGGAGGACGACGACAUGUUCCAGAUAAGACCGCCGAAAGGUUCCCAAAAAUGGAAGGGAUUUUUGAGUUUGAAAAAAUCCCACAUUGGGUCCAAGAAAGUUGAGAAGACCGAAGGGUCUGCAGAGAAAACCCACGACAUCAAAACUAACCGGGAACCUUUGAAUGAAGGAGGGUCCAGUGGCAGGGAUGUUGAGAGUGGAAUAUAGAGGACAAGCAUUUGUAGAGAUGUGGUGGGGGAUUUUUUUUUUCCAAAAAACGAACGGAGGAUGGAUGCCAUUUUUCUUUUUUAGAUGUACGUCUUAAUCUGUGUUAGUGAAUUGAUUUUAAUACCUUUUUGCGUUGAUCUUGGAAACUUGGGGUUUAUUAUGUAAAAAAUGAUUGUAGUUGAAGAACAUGUCAUGUUGGGGUUUUAUUUCGAGCAUUCAUUGAUAUAGAUCUGAGAUGGGUCAUGGCAUUUUUUAACUCUACUUGGAAUCUUGGAUCUAACCCUGUAAUUUUCUCUUUGACUUGGAUCUACUGGUACCUACCUCUAUC